GGAACAGGGGCAGGAACAGGGGCAGGAACAGGGGCAGGAACAGGGGCAGGGGAAAAGACUUCUCAUCCGUAGGAACUGGAGGAGCGAAUGGAGGGCCGUUUUCCUGCCUGUUCGUUUUUUUUAAAAAUCAGAUAGGCUGCUUCGGUUGGUUGACUCCACCCAUCAACCACUGUCGAUCCAAUGAGGAGCAUGCAGCCUCUCGCUGUGCAACAGGUGAUAUUCCACCUAAACUCUGUAUGCCACGGGCUCUCCAACCCUCUUCCUACAGCUACCCAGUACUCUGUAUACCAUGGUCUCUCCAACCCUGUUCCUGCAGCUACCCAGUACUCUGUAUGCCAUGGUCUCUCCAACCCUGUUCCUGUUCCUGCGCAGUACUCUGUAUACCAUGGUCUCUCCAACCCUGUUCCUGCAGCUACCCAGUACUCUGUAUGCCAUGGUCUCUCCAACCCUGUUCCUGCAGCUACCCAGUACUCUGUAUGCCAUGGUCUCUCCAACCCUGUUCCUUCAGCUACCCCGUUUUCCUGCCUGUUCGUUUUUUUUAAAAAUCAGAUAGGCUGCUUCGGUUGGUUGACUCCACCCAUCAACCACUGUCGAUCCAAUGAGGAGCAUGCAGCCUCUCGCUGUGCAACAGGUGAUAUUCCACCUAAACUCUGUAUGCCACGGGCUCUCCAACCCUGUUCCUGCAGCUACCCAGUACUCUGUAUGCCAUGGUCUCUCCAACCCUGUUCCUGUUCCUGCCCAGUACUCUGUAUACCAUGGUCUCUCCAACCCUGUUCCUUCAGCUACCCAGUACUCUGUAUGCCAUGGCCUCUACUACCCUGUUCCUGCAGCUACCCAGUACUCUGUAUACCAUGGGCUCUCCAACCCUGUUCCUACCCAGUACUCUGUAUGCCAUGGGCUCUCCAACCCUGUCCCUGCAGCUACCCAGUACUCUGUAUGCCAUGGGCUCUCCAACCCUGUUCCUACCCAGUACUCUGUAUGCCAUGGGCUCUCCAACCCUGUCCCUGCAGCUACCCAGUACUCUGUAUGCCAUGGUCUCUCCAACCCUGUUCCUGCAGCUACCCAGUACUCUGUAUGCCAUGGUCUCUCCUACCCUGUUCCUACCCAGUACUCUGUAUACCAUGGUCUCUCCAGCCCUGUUCCUGUUCCUGCCCAGUACUCUGUAUACCAUGGUCUCUCCAACCCUGUUCCUGCAGCUACCCAGUACUCUGUAUGCCAUGGUCUCUCCAACCCUGUUCCUGCAGCUACCCAGUACUCUGUAUGCCAUGGUCUCUCCAACCCUGUUCCUGCCCAGUACUCUGUAUGCCAUGGCCUCUACUACCCUGUUCCUGCAGCUACCCAGUACUCUGUAUGCCAUGGUCUCUCCAACCCUGUUCCUACCCAGUACUCUGUAUACCAUGGGCUCUCCAGCCCUGUUCCUACCCAGUACUCUGUAUACCAUGGGCUCUCCAACCCUGUUCCUACCCAGUACUCUGUAUGCCAUGGGCUCUCCAACCCUGUUCCUACCCAGUACUCUGUAUGCCAUGGGCUCUCCAACCCUGUUCCUACCCAGUACUCUGUAUGCCAUGGGCUCUCCAACCCUGUUCCUGCAGCUACCCAGUACUCUGUAUGCCAUGGUCUCUCCAGCCCUGUUCCUGUUCCUGCCCAGUACUCUGUAUACCAUGGGCUCUCCAACCCUGUUCCUGCAGCUACCCAGUACUCUGUAUGCCAUGGUCUCUCCAACGCUGUUCCUGCAGCUACCCAGUACUCUGUAUGCCAUGGGCUCUCCAACCCUGUUCCUACCCAGUACUCUGUAUGUCAUGGGCUCUCCAACCCUGUUCCUGCAGCUACCCAGUACUCUGUAUGCCAUGGUCUCUCCAACCCUGUUCCUGCAGAUACCAGUACUCUGUAUGCCAUGGUCUCUCCUACCCUGUUCCUAACCAGUGCUCUGUAUGUCAUGGGCUCUCCAACUCUGCUCCUGUAUCUACCCAGUACUCUGUAUGCCGUGUACGUUCUCUCCAAAGUUUGGGGCAUAGCAUGAGGUAACCAGUCCAUCCAAUUUGCAUAAUUAUCCAGUAUUACCUCAAAGGAGAUUACUAGAAUAUGAUUAAUUUUGGAGUGUAGGCUAGACCAAUUAUCUACCAAAGGCUUCUUAAAUCAGUUUUCUUUUAAUGUUUUUUUUCUGCAGUGAAGCAGUAGGCUGUGUUUUAUAUUGGCACAAUCAUAAUUGUAUUUUUUUAGGGUUUAAUUCGGGAUUAGUCUAAUGUAUAUGCCUGUGCAUAAACUCUGAAAUUACAUUGGGAUUGUUUUGAAGUAAUCAUCACCUGACAAAGCACUGUCCAUUUCCUGUUCCUGUUUCGCGUCCACGAAGACCAGAUUUUCCACUCAAUUUCAACCUGUUGUUGAACUCAAAAAAACGCGGGAAGUAGUUUGGGGUGGGUGUGCUGCGAUUUUGUUUUUGCCGACAGUGGUGCAGAAAUGGUUUUGCCCGCGAUGAAGACAUCUAUUUCAGUCUGUUAAUACAGGACUAGUAAAGGCCCAGUGUUACAGAAGGCUCAAUUAGUCUGUUAAUACAGGACUAGUAAAGGCCCAGUGUUACAGAAGGCUAUAUCAGUCUGUUAAUACAGGACUAGUAAAGGCCCAGUGUUACAGAAGGCUAUAUCAGUCCUCUAAUACAGGACUAGUAAAGGCCCAGCGUUACAGAAGGCUAAAUCAGUCUGUUAAUACAGGACUAGUAAAGGCCCAGUGUUACAGAAGGCUAUACCAGUAUGUUAAUACAGGACUAGUAAAGGCCCAGUGUUACAGAAGGCUAAAUCAGUCUGUUAAUACAGGACUAGUAAAGGCCCAGUGUUACAGAAGGCUAUACCGGUAUGUUAAUAAAGGACUAGUAAAGGCCCAGUGUUACAGAAGGCUAUACCAGUCUGUUAAUACAGGACUAGUAAAGGCCCAGUGUUACAGAAGGCUAUAUCAGUCUGUUAAUACAGGACUAGUAAAGGCCCAGUGUUACAGAAGGCUAUACCAGUAUGUUAAUACAGGACUAGUAAAGGCCCAGUGUUACAGAAGGCUAUACCAGUCUGUUAAUACAGGACUAGUAAAGGCCCAGUGUUACAGAAGGCUAUACCAGUCUGUUAAUACAGGACUAGUAAAGGCCCAGUGUUACAGAAGGCUGUAUCAGUCCUCUAAUACAGGACUAGUAAAGGCCCAGUGUUACAGAAGGCUAUAUGAGUCCUCUAAUACAGGACUAGUAAAGGCCCAGUGUUACAGAAGGCUAUACCAGUCUGUUAAUACAGGACUAGUAAAGGCCCAGUGUUACAGAAGGCUAUACCAGUCUGUUAAUACAGGACUAGUAAAGGUCCAGUGUUACAGAAGGCUAUACCAGUCUGUUAAUACAGGACUAGUAAAGGUCCAGUGUUACAGAAGGCUAUACCAGUCUGUUAAUACAGGACUAGUAAAGGCCCAGUGUUACAGAAGGCUAUAUCAGUCCUCUAAUACAGGACUAGUAAAGGCCCAGUGUUACAGAAGGCUAUACCAGUCUGUUAAUACAGGACUAGUAAAGGCCCAGUGUUACAGAAGGCUAUACAGGGCUAGUAAAGGCCCAGUGUUACAGAAGGCUAUAUCAGUCCUCUAAUACAGGACUAGUAAAGGCCCAGUGUUACAGAAGGCUAUAUCAGUCCUCUAAUACAGGACUAGUAAAGGCCCAGUGUUACAGAAGGCUAUACCAGUCUGUUAAUACAGGACUAGUAAAGGCCCAGUGUUCCAGAAGGCUAUAUCAGUCCUCUAAUACAGGACUAGUAAAGGCCCAGUGUUACAGAAGGGUCAAUUAGUCUGUUAAUACAGGACUAGUAAAGGCCCAGUGUUACAGAAGGCUAUAUCAGUCUGUUAAUACAGGACUAGUAAAGGCCCAGUGUUACAGAAGGCUAUACAGGACUAGUAAAGGCCCAGCGUUACAGAAGGAUACAUAUUAGUCUGUUAAUACAGGACUAGUAAAGGCCCAGUGUUACAGAAGGCUAUACCAGUCUGUUAAUACAGGACUAGUAAAGGCCCAGUGUUACAGAAGGCUAUACCAGUCUGUUAAUACAGGACUAGUAAAGGCCCAGUAUUACAGAAGGCUAUAUCAGUCCUCUAAUACAGGACUAGUAAAGGCCCAGUGUUACAGAAGGCUAUAACAGUAUGUUAAUACAGGACUAGUAAAGGCCCAGUGUUACAGAAGGCUAUAUCAGUCUGUUAAUACAGGACUAGUAAAAGCCCAGUGCACUACUUUUGUGAAAAAGUUCAAACGAAUUGUAUUUGAGUAUUUACCAGCCCUUGUAAUUUGAGUCUGAUAAUUAUAUGUACAAAACAGUUAAUCUGAUAAUACUUGUGGAAUAUAAAAAUACUUGCUUGAUAUACACUAUCAAUCAAAAGUUUGGACACACCUACUCAUUCCAGGGUUUUUCUUUAUUUUUAGUAUUUUCUACAUUGUAGAAUAAUAAUGAAGACAUCAAACUAUGAAAUAACACAUGGAAUCAUGUAGUAACCAAAAAAAGUGUUAAUCAAAUCCAAAUAUAUAUUUAUAUUUGAGAUUCUUCAAAGUAGCCACCCUUUGCCUUGAUGACAGCUUUGCACACUCUUGACAUUCUCUCAACCAGCUUCAUGAGGUAGUCACCUGGAAUGCAAUUUCCAAUUUCUUGAAAACGUAUUUCUAUGUGAAAAAUGAAAUGGUCUAUGGUUCAUUUAUUUUUUAUUUUUUUUGUAGACGCUCUUAUCCAGAGCAACUUACAGUAUUGGUGCCUACAUGUUCAUACUGUUGAUACUGGUCCCCCGCCCCCCCCCCCCCCGCGGGAAUUCUAACCCACAACCUUAGCAUUGCUAGCACCAACUGAGCCACGUCAUCACAAACCACUUGAUGUCUCAAUGUACUCAAUUACUGUAUUGUACGUUGUUUUAUCGUCAUGGUGAUGGAAAGUCUACAGGUACAAACCUAGAUGACCAGUCGAUGUACAUUUACAUUAAGUGGCUUGUAAGGAUGGGAUGUUUUAUGUUUUAUUUAUUUCACCUUUUUUCACCUUUAUUUAACCAGGUAGGCCAGUUGUUUCACCUUUAUUUAACCAGGUAGACCAGUUGUUUCACCUUUAUUUAACCAGGUAGGCCAGUUAUUUCACCUUUAUUUAACCAGGUAGGCCAGUUAUUUCACCUUUAUUUAACCAGGUAGACCAGUUGUUUCACCUUUAUUUAACCAGGUAGACCAGUUGUUUCACCUUUAUUUAACCAGGUAGACCAGUUUUUUCACCUUUAUUUAACCAGGUAGACCAGUUGUUUCACCUUUAUUUAACCAGGUAGACCAGUUGUUUCACCUUUAUUUAACCAGGUAGACCAGUUGUUUCACCUUUAUUUAACCAGGUAGGCCAGUUAUUUCACCUUUAUUUAACCAGGUAGACCAGUUGUUUCACCUUUAUUUAACCAGGUAGGCCAGUUAUUUCACCUUUAUUUAACCAGGUAGGCCAGUUGUUUCACCUUUAUUUAACCAGGUAGACCAGUUGUUUCACCUUUAUUUAACCAGGUAGGCCAGUUAUUUCACCUUUAUUUAACCAGGUAGGCCAGUUAUUUCACCUUUAUUUAACCAGGUAGGCCAGUUAUUUCACCUUUGUUUAACCAGGUAGGCCAGUUAUUUCACCUUUAUUUAACCAGGUAGACCAGUUGUUUCACCUUUAUUUAACCAGGUAGGCCAGUUAUUUCACCUUUGUUUAACCAGGUAGGCCAGUUAUUUCACCUUUAUUUAACCAGGUAGACCAGUUGUUUCACCUUUAUUUAACCAGGUAGGCCAGUUGAGAACAAGUUCUCAUUUACAACUGCGACCUGGCCAAGAUAAAGCAAAGCAGUGCGAAACAAACAACGGCAACACAUGGAGUAAACAAAACGUGCAGUCAAUAAUACAUUAGAAAAACCUGUAUACAGUGUGUGCAAAUGAAGUAAGGAGGUAAGGCAAUAAAUAGACCAAUAGUGGCGAAGUAAUUACAAUUUAGCAAUUUACACUGGAGUGAUAUAUGUACAGAUGAGGAUGUGCAAGUAGAAACACUGGUGUGCAAAAGAGCAGAAAAACUAAAACAAAUAUGGGGGUGAGGUGGGUAGUUGGUUGGAUGGGCUAUUUACAGAUGGGCUGUGUACAGCUGCAGCGAUCGGUGAGCUGCUCUGACAGCUGACGCUUAAAGUCAGUGAGGGAGAUAUAAGUCUCCAACUUCAGUGAUUUUUGCAAUUCGUUCCAGUAAUUGGCAGCAGAGAACUGGAAGGAAAGGCGACCAAAGGGGGAGUUGGCUUUGGGGGUGACCAGUGAGAUAUACCUGCUGGAGACUUUAUUUAUUUAUUUAUUUUACCGUUAUUUUACCAGGUAAGUUGACUGAGAACACGUUCUCAUUUGCAGCAACGACCUGGGGAAUAGUUACAGGGGACAGGAGGGGGAUGAAUGAGCCAAUUGUAAACUGGGGAUUAUUAGGUGACCAUGAUGGUAUGAUGGCCAGCCAACGAGACGAUAAGUGCCAUGGGAUCUUUAACGACCUCAGAGAGUCAGGACACCCGUUUAACGUUCCAUCCGAAAGACGGCACCCUACACAGGGCAGUGUCCCCAAUCACUGCCCUGGGGCAUUGGGAUAUUAUUGUUUUUAGACCAGAGGAAAGAGUGCCUCCUACUGGCCCUCCAACACCACUUCCAGCAGCAUCUGGUCUCCCAUCCAGGGACUGACCACGACCAACCCUGCUUAGCUUCAGAAGCAAGCCAGCAGUGGUAUGCAGGGUGGUAUGCUGCUGACUUAUAGAUGACCUGUAGCCAGUGGGUUUGGCGACGAAUAUGUAGCGAGAGCCAGCCAACGAGAGCACACAGGUCGCAGUGGUGGGUAGUAUAUGGGGCUUUGGUGACAAAGCGGAUGGCACUGUGAUAGACUACAUCCAGUUUGCUGAGUAGAGUGUUGUAGGCUAUUUUGUAAAUUACCUCGCCAAAGUCAAGGAUCUGCAGGAUAGUCAGUUUUACGAGGGUAUGUUUGGCAGCAUGACUGAAGGAGGCUUUGUUGCGAAAUAGGAAGCCGAUUCUAGAUUUAACUUUGGAUUGGAGAUGCUUAAUGUGAGUCUGGAAGGAGAGUUUACAGUCUAACCAGACACCUAGGUAUUUGUAGUUGUCCACAUAUUCUAAGUCAGAACCGUCCAGAGUAGUGAUGAUAGACAGGCGGGCAGGUGCAGACAGCGAUCGGUUGAAGAGUAUGCAUUUAGUUUUACUUGCAUUUAAGAGCAGUUGGCGGCCACGGAAGGAGAGUUGUAUGGCAUUGAAGCUCGUCUGGAGGUUAGUUAACAGUGUCAACAGUGUCCAUGGUAAAUUAAUCCUGCAAGAAAAAUGUUUUUUUUCCAUGUUAUUUGAUCAAGAAACAUAUUUAAUUUGAUGUGGAUGUUUUGUGUCUUUGCCCAGAACUUUGCAGGUUUUGAUGUAAAUGUUUGAGGACAUGGUUGUGUUCUUUCUGGAUUCCAUUAGAAUGACAUCACAGAGAAAUUGACAUGGCAACGACUCACAAUUCCAUUAGAAUGACAUCACAGAGAAAUUGACAUGGCAACGACUCUCACAAUUCCAUUAGAAUGACAUCACAGAGAGACAGGGACAACGACUCUCACAAUUCCAUUAGAAUGACAUCACAGAGAAAUUGACAUGACAACGACUCUCACAGUUCCAUUAGAAUGACAUCACAGAGAGACAGGGACAACGACUCUCACAAUUCCAUUAGAAUGACAUCACAGAGAAAUUAGACAUGACAACUACUCUCACAAUUCCAUUAGAAUGACAUCACAGAGACAACGACUCUCACAAUUCUAUUAGAAUGACAUCACAGAGAAAUUGACAAGACAACGACUAUCACAAUUCCAUUAGAAUGACAUCACAGAGACAACGACUCUCACAAUUCCAUUAGAAUGACAUCACAGAGAAAUUAACAUGACAACGACUCUCACAAUUCCAUUAGAAUGACAUCACAGAGAGACAGGGACAACGACUCUCACAAUUCCAUUAGAAUGACAUCACAGAGAGACAGGGACAACGACUCUCACAAUUCCAUUAGAAUGACAUCACAGAGAGACAUGGCAACGACUCUCACAAUUCCAUUAGAAUGACAUCACAGAGAGACAUGGCAACGACUCUCACAAUUCCAUUAGAAUGACAUCACAGAGAGACAUGGCAACGACUCUCACAAUUCCAUUAGAAUGACAUCACAGAGAGACAUGGCAACGACUCUCACAAUUCCAUUAGAAUGACAUCACAGAGAGACAGGGACAACGACUCUCACAAUUCCAUUAGAAUGACAUCACAGAGAGACAUGGCAACGACUCUCACAAUUCCAUUAGAAUGACAUCACAGAGAGACAGGGACAACGACUCUCACAAUUCCAUUAGAAUGACAUCACAGAGAAAUUGACAUGAAAACGACUCUCACAAUUCCAUUAGAAUGACAUCACAGAGAAAUUGACAUGACAACGACGCUCACAAUUCCAUUAGAAUGACAUCACAGAGAAAUUGACAUGACAACGACUCUCACAAAUCCAUUAGAAUGACAUCACAGAGAAAUUAGACAUGACAACGACUCUCACAAUUCCAACUGUUGAAACCUGCAACAUUCUGUUCUUAAUUAUACAACGACCUUUUUUGUCAAAGCGGCGAUGCUAAAAAAAAAUAAUCUUUUGCUCGCGUUGCCGACGUCUAUAUCGGUCCACAAAUACUAGUAAAGGCCCAGUGCACUACUUUUGUGAAAACAAAUAAAUAAUAAUAAUUUCAAUAUAUAUAUUUUUUAAAUAUUAUUAUUCUGAUUGUUCAGAUGUGCUGCAGCACCCUCAGCAGCUCUACUUCCUUUUUGAACUUCUUUCUUCAGAUUGACCAAUCACAGUGAAGUGAGUAUUUAAAGAUGCUGUUCUGUUGAUUUUUGUUUGCAUUUGCAUUUGUGUCAGAGUGGUUAGAGGGACAAUAGAGCCCUGAGUACCAGGCCUGUAGCAACCUGAUGGAGGGACAAUAGAGCCCUGAGCACCAGGCUUGUUGCGACCUGAUGGAGGGACAAUAGAGCCCUGAGUACCAGGCCUGUAGCGACCUGAUGGAGGGACAAUAGAGCCCUGAGUACCAGGCCUGUAGCGACCUGAUAGAGGGACAAUAGAGCCCUGAAUACCAGGCCUGUAGCGACCUGAUGGAGGGACAAUAGAGCCCUGAGUACCAGGCCUGUAGCGACCUGAUGGAGGGACAAUAGAGCCCUGAGUACCAGGCCUGUAGCGACCUGAUGG